AGGUAUCGCAGCAUGAAAGCAGUGGGAAACAGAAACACUAUGGCUGCCACUCUGUCUCUUACUCAGCUUUCCAGUGGAAAUCCCAUCUAUGACAAAUAUUAUCGACAGGUGGAUCCCACAGGGAGCGGGCGGGUGGUGGCAGCAGAUGCAGCUCUUUUCCUGAAGCAGUCGGGUUUGGCUGACAUGGUUCUGGGGAAGAUUUGGGAUUUGGCAGACAUUGAAAGAAAAGGUUUCCUUAACAAACAGCAAUUCUUCAUAGCAUUGCGGUUGGUUGCUUGUGCUCAGAAUGGCCUGGAGGUGGCGCUUAAGAGUCUUAAUGUGGCUGUUCCUCUGCCCAAAUUUCAUGAUACAAGCAGCCCGCAGUUGGCAAGAGGAGUGGCUGCUGAUGCUCCCUGGGUUGUUAAGCCAGAGGAGAAGAUGAAGUUUGACGCCAUUUUUGAGAGUUUAGGUCCAGUUGGAGGGAUGCUGUCAGGAGACAAGGUUAAACCGGUUCUGCUCAACUCCAAGCUGCCUGUGGACAUCCUGGGCAGGGUGUGGGAGCUCAGUGACCUGGAUAGAGAUGGCAUGUUGGAUAGAGAUGAAUUUUCUGUGGCAAUGUUUCUGGUUUAUAGAGCACUAGAAGGAGAGUCGGUUCCCAUGUCCCUACCUCCUCCUUUAGUUCCACCCUCUAAGAGGAAAAAACCUGCGGCUGCACCCGUGAUGCCCCUGUUACCCUCACCUCCCUCUGUGAAAGACAGUCGCUCCUCCCACACCGGCUCGAAGACCCUUCCCCACCCUCCCAAACCCGCGCCAGCUCCUGCCCCAACACCAGCAGCAGCCCCUUGGGUUGUAUCGGCGGCAGAGAAAGCCAAGUAUGAUGAACUGUUCAGCAAGACGGAUGGCGACAUGGACGGCUUGGUGUCUGGAGCAGAAGUCAGAGAUAUUUUUCUCAAAACUGGGCUGCCGUCUGCCACGCUCGCACGAAUCUGGGAGCUUUGUGACAUUGGAGACAUGGGAAAGCUGACUCGUGAACAGUUUGCCUUGGCGCUUUAUCUGAUCAAUCUGAAGCUGACGAAAGGCCUGGACCCACCACAGACUCUCUCCCCGGAAAUGAUCCCUCCGUCUGACAGACAAAACAGCAAGCAGAACAAUGCAAACCUGGCAGCUGACUUCUCUGCCAUUAAGGAACUUGACACCCUCAGCAACGAGAUUGUUGAAUUACAAAGUAAAACGUGCAAAGAGUCAGGAAAGAUUAGACCAGAGGCCAGCAGCAGGACAAUGAGGCAGGGACUUCUCAGAGAGAAGAUCUCUGUGGAAGAGGAAAUCAAAGAGAAGGAGGAGGCUAUCCGACAGCAAACAGAUGAAGUACAGGGCCUUCAAGAUGAAGUGGCGAAGGAGACCGAGGAGCUUCAGCGGCUGCAGUCUCAGCGUCAGAAGGUCCAAGAGGCUUUAGAUGAGCUCGACCAACAGAAGAACACCUUGGAGGAGCAGCUCAGCCUCAUUCGACAGCAGACUAGCCAAGAGACACAACUUAUCUCGUCGCUGCAGUCUGAGCAUGAGGAGCAAGAACAAAAGAUCUGUCAGUACGAGGAGGAGCUGGUUCAGGCACGAGAGGAGCUUCUGGCCCUGCAGGAAGAGAGCCGGAAGCUGCAGGAGAAAGUCCAAGCUGCUCAGGAACAACUCACUCCUCUGCAGGAAUCUGUGCGGGACUCUUUCACUCAAGUUUCUCAGGUUCAGCAGAAAGUACAAGACCUUCGCCUGGAGGAGAGGUCAGUGACGGCGCAGCUCAGCUGGAAGAGAGCGCUAGAGGACAGCUCUCCGGUCAUGGUCAACGGCUCGGCUAGCUCCACGGCAGAACUUGACCUCUUCAGUGACGACCUGCCCAAGGAGCUGAAGGAGGAUGAGCUAGCUGCUGUCAGCAAUCAGCAGAAAGAACAUUCAGACGAAAAGGAGAGGGAAGGAGUCGAGGAGAAAGAUGGACAGAAGGAGGAACAGAGUGCAAAGACUGCAGAGGAGGAGAAGAGUAAAUCUGAUGCCCUGGAUGACCUCUUCUCCAGUCUGGCCACCGCGGAUAUGUACAGCAGUCUGUCAUCCAUCUCUAAGGCUCGAGAUAAUCAAGUUGGGCAGGAAAACAAUGUUGCGGCAGCUGAUGUCUCAUCUGACGUCUCCGAUGCUGAGUCACUAAAAGAGACUCCACUGAAGGUCGACUCUCCGGAGCCAGAGAGCCAACAGGAGCAAACCGAGUCUACAGAAUCGACGCCCUCCCCGUUGCCUCCGCAGGCCGGCGCUCGCUCCCUGCCACCACAGACGAGCCCCCCCUCCCUGCCAGAGAUCGACUUCUUCCAUUCAGACCCUUUCACCGACCAUGAUCCAUUCAAAGAAGAUCCGUUUGGAAAAGCAGAUGUUGCAGAUCCUUUUGGCGGAGAUCCAUUUAAAGGCUCAGACCCUUUUGCAGCAGACUCUUUCUUCAUCCAGCCCUCCAGCAACACUUUUCCCUCAAAGGACCCAUUUUCAGCCUCAGGUGACCCAUUUGGCACUACUCCUGGAAUACCAGAACCGGACCUCUUUGCCGCCAAGGCUAAGGAUGAACCUGCAGCACCACCACCGUCUUCAACAACACCAACCCCAGACCCAUUUGCCUCCAAGACCACCAAUCCAGCAUCUAGUGAUCCCUUCCGCUCCACAGGGGACAACGUGGAUUCAGACCCAUUUGGAAGCAAACUGAACAACGCCGGGGAGCCGGAUCCGUUCAGUUCACAAGACGGAGGGUCAGAUCCAUUCAGCUCUUCUUCCACAAGCUCUGACCUGGCAGUGAAGGACUCAGCGCCAUCCAAUGAUCCCUUUGCUCCAGGAGGCACUACAGUGAGCACCACCUCAGAUCCAGAUCCAUUCGCUGCUGUGUUUGGCAACGAGUCGUUUGGAGGAGGAUUUGCAGAUUUCAGUGCUUUGACAAAGUCGAACGGUCCCGACCAGUUUGGCAUCAACAACAAGAACCUGUUCCAGGAGGACAGCCAGCCUGCCAACUCUGACGUGCCGCCUGCCCUGCCGCCUAAAACGGGUACGCCAACUAGACCGCCUCCCCCACCUCCAGGUAAGAGAGCGUCCGUCUCUAGGACAGAGUCCUCCGACUCCUUCCAGCGACGAGGACACUUCCUUCAGACCUCUGGAGACUUCUCCACCUCUUCCUCCCUGCCUGCCAAGGACCCUUUAGCUGACCCCUUCGCCCCCUCCUCCCCUCCUCGCCACAACGUGCGGGAAGCUGAUCGAUUUGCCAGCUUUGACAAAUAUCCAACCGAGGAAGACAUGAUAGAGUGGGCAAAGCGCGAGAGCGAGCGAGAGGAAAAGGAACGGCUAGCAAGGCUCACCCAGCAGGAGCAAGAAGACCUGGAGCUCGCCAUCGCUCUAAGCAAGUCUGAGCUCUCCUGAGGCGGCGGCUCCCCUCAGCCGGGCUGGCGCCGCACAGCCUGACCCGGCCCGAAAAGCACCAAAGCAACACGGGGGGACGUGCACAGAUCUGAUGCAGCAGCAGCUCCUGCAGAGACUUCAAAACUGUUCCCAGAAACAUUCAGCGCCCCUCUGCCCCCUUUGACCUGCUCACUGUUCUCACACCGCAGUAAAACGCUUCUCCAUUCUGCCGGUCUGCACGGGUUUGACGGAAAGGAAAAGAUGCAAGAGUUAAGAGACACGGAGGAGGAAAAUGAACCAAGAUGGCUACAAGCCUAAGCCUGCAGAAUCUAACUUAUUUUAAUAUGCACUCAGAACUAGCCUGAAACGAUCCGUUUUCUGCCACUAACAACACUACUCCACUUUUUCCUUUCCUAAGGGAUUUAACAUUCGUGUACUAUAGUACCCAGAAAUCCCCGACUUUUCUCUGUGCUCUUCAAUCACCCUGCAAAAACCACAUUUGGCUGUGAAAAUUUGAGGUUUUGUGUAACAAAAUGUAGCCUCUGUAAGUAUUUUAAGUAGCUCUUUUAAGCUGCGCGAUCAUGUAUUGCCCUGGAGAUCUGAUCAGUUUUUUUCCCCCUAUAAGUGAACUUUUCUACAUGUAUUCCCUGAAAUCCUGCGAAAUGUAAACUGCAUGUAAAGAGAAGAAGAAAAACAAAAGAAGUCCAUUAUAUCAGUCUUCUGCAGGAGAUGGUAUUUUUCAUGUUUUCACUCAUUUCUCUUCUUUUAUGUUUGGCAUGUUUGAAGAUUAGGGAUAAAACUACUUCCUUUCAAUGGCAUUUAAGUUUUGGGACACUACAUUUAGGGUUGCUGAAUAUUAAAAGAAUCAUUUUUGAUAUAAAUGUAAUCUAUUCUUACCUGAUUUCAUCAUUUCUGGCUUUAUGUCGGUGCCGUUUAGAUUUUCCUAAGGCAAAGUAUAAAAGUAUUCUCUCUUAAAAGAAAAAUUGUUUUUGAUUUUAUUUUUGAUAAAUCUCUCAUUUGACCCGAUUUCAAAGCGUCGCUGUGGUUGGUGCUCAUUCUCUUGCCGCUCCCAGAUGUUUUUCGGGAGAUUUCUGUCCUUUGUGUGUCCAUCAGUCGUCGCAUCGCAGCAACUUUCUUUUAUACUUUCAGCAGAUCUUUCGCUGAGUCGAUUUUAGCUCACCAGCUCGUGCUGUGACAAUAAAUCCUCACAUCUUACUUCAUCUUCAUGUCUUAUCACAACCGCACUAACAGCUGCCCGAGCUUUUCUGUUUUUAAACAGUCUGGUGUUUUCUCCCAGUAGAGGUACUUGUCACACGUAAAAGCUGGAUUCUCAUAAGGGAAGAUUUGGCUGAAAAACAGACUGCCUCCAUUUCUUUUUAAAUCGCUUGUUGAUCAAAUAUACUACAGCAUUAUGGAUCGCUUUUGUUAUGACUUUUACCAUAAAUCUUGUUUAUGUUUAACCCAACUACUAUCUGUGACUAAAAACAGCACUUUUUAACAAGUGCAGCAUUGUGUUGAAGUUUAUUGUAUAUAGAAGAUUUGCAUGUCUGUUUCCUGAGUCUGUUAUGCCAGUGUUAAUAGUUUUUUUUUUUAUAAAGGCCAUCUUACUGUCCUUUGUACAGACAAACCCAGAACCACUCAUGCUCGUAGACUUACUCUUAAAGUCUUUUUAAAUCUCGAAGUUAUUGUACUUUAUUUUGUAUUUUCUAACUUGUAAGAAAGAUCAUUAUCGGGAGGCUUAACCAGAAAAAAACAAAUUGUAACACAUUUAAUUGAAACUGAAUAAAUAUUAAAAUGUGUA